GGAUCACGGGACACGUAGGUAAUUUAGAAGAAAACGGCAAGACAAAACCGGAAUCCGAAACGUCAGCCAGAAAACGCAGUAACCCACAUUAAUCGCUUUCCCAUCUGCAGUUAAACGAGGCAGGUUUUGUGUGCGGUUUCGUUUUGUUAGGUACUUAAAGACAAAAACUGAAACACAAACCAACCCAACAACCUCAAAAAUGACAGUCCCAAACGACGCCGCUUCCAAACUCGACAGCCACCGCGCCGAGCCGGACGCGUCAUCGUCACUCGCCGAUGACGGCGGUGAGGUCGCCGCUGGGAAAGUGAGGGGAUCGUGGUCGCCCAAAGAGGAUGAGAUGCUGACUCGGCUGGUCACCCAGUUUGGCGCCAGAAACUGGAGCGUCAUCGCCAGAGGAAUUCCCGGCCGGUCCGGCAAGUCUUGCCGGCUCCGGUGGUGCAAUCAGCUUAACCCUGGUGUAAAGCGCAAACCUUUCUCCGAUGAAGAAGAUCGUAUUAUAGUUGCAGCUCAUGCCACUCAUGGGAACAGAUGGGCGAUAAUUGCAAAGCUCCUUCCAGGUAGAACAGAUAAUGCAAUAAAGAAUCACUGGAAUUCUACUUUAAAGCGUGGGAGGAAGUACAUCCCUCGAACUAGAAACAUGAAGGAAGAUAGCAGCCUAGAGAGAUCAAAGGCAUCCUCUGAAGAAACCGUGUCAGCUGGGAAUCUUAGUUCAGUCAGGACUCCUGAAGGAAGAGAAGUCUUGAUAGUAGACAACAGCUUUAACCAGUUAGAUGGAAGAUGUCAAACAGAGGACGGUGUUGCUGUCACUGAAUUGAAAGAUAAUUCAAUUCUUGUUGCUGAAUUAAAAGAAGAGUCUACCCUCUGUCGUCCAGUCGCACGAGUCAGUGCUUUUAGUGCUUACAACCCUUCAAAUGGUCCAUCAAAUGGCUCCAUUGUUCCAAGGCCAGUCCCAACUCAUGGCCCUUUGGUCCAAACAUCUAAUCUAGAUUUUGACUUCUGCAACUCUCUUGAAGGUGACUGUAAUGAGCCUAUGGUUCCUCUGCGUUGUGGCCACGGUUGCUGUGAUCGAAGCGGGGGGCAUUUUCAAAGCUCAUUGUUGGGGCCUGAGUUUAUUGACUAUGAGGAGCCUCCCUCCUUCUCCAGCCCGGAAUUCAUCUCUUGUGCUACAGAUGUGAACAAUAUUGCAUGGAUUAAGAGUGGCCUUGAGAAUCGUGAAACAAUGAGAGUGGCAGAGAAUGUAGCAAGCCAGAGAUUCUCACAAGCGGCGGCUGCUACUCCGCAAAUGGGGUAUUAUGAAAUGAAUAUGAUGAAUGGCCAUAUGCGCUUCGUGGAGGGACAGAACAGGCUAAUGGGUAUGAUGACAGAAAUGCUUUCAACCCCAAUGCCUAGACAAACUUUUGCAAUGCCAACUGAAGUUAAGGGAUUGAGCUAGAAGUCAUCGCUGGUUUUCCUUAUUCUGGGAGGAGAAAUAUACAGGUUAUUUUCACAGCAUAUUAUUAAUAGAAAUCUUUUUGGAUUCUCAGAGACUUCUUUGGGCUACAACAAGAUAUAAAUGAGGACUACCCUCUUUUGCUUAUCGAUGAUCCUGUUUCUACCCAGUGCUGCAAUUUCUUUUUGAAUUUAUAUGAACUGAACCACAGAUCACAAUAUCAUACAUGCUUGCUCUGUCUCCGUUGAAAAACUGGAGAUUGAUAAUCUUCA